AUGCAGUUGCGCGCGGCUGCGGAGAUUGAGACAAAGAGCGAAGGGAAGAAGAAGAAGGCCGAGGAAUUCUCGGACGAGCCUGACAUCAGCCCUAGCACCGCCCAGGUGCAGGGCUUCCUCAACACCCUGUGCGGCGAGACGGCCAUCGCCCAGGUCGAGCUGAAGCUCGGCUCCUUCUCUUUGAAGGUGACCCGCAGCCUCGAGGCCGCCGCCCCCGCCGCGCCGCCCGCCGCCGCCGCGCCCCCGCCCGCGCCCGCUGCACCGGCGCCGGUCGUUGUGCUGACCGCCGGCAACGGAUCUGCGGCCUACGAGAGCAUUGAUGAGGCGCUCGUGUACGUCACGUCCCCCAAGGUUGGCAUCUUCCGCCGCGGAAAGUAUGCUGCCGGCAAGCGUGUGGGCAAGGGCGACCUGGUGAACGCGGGGGACACCAUUCGCAACGGCCAGACUAUUGCUUUUGUGGAGCAGCUGGGCACCUUUGUCGACAUCAAGGCCACCCAGGGCGGCGAGAUCGUCAAGUUCCGCAUCAACGAGGGCGAGCCCGUGGAAUACGGACAGGUGGUGUGCGACAUCGCCCCCCAGUUCGGCUUCAUCUCUCCCGCUUCUGCCAACUGA